CCUUGGAGAUGCAACAUGGAGAGUGAGGAACGUUGCCCGGGCUGGAGAAGCGAGUGCGCGAGAGUGAAGCUGGUAAUCAGUAAGAUCACGGGAUCCCACCGCCCGAGGAUAGCCGCAAAUGAGCAAGUAAGCUGGAGGCGAGUCGAGAGGGAACGUUAUAGACUGUGAAGGAGUAGGAAAGCAGUUCAGAAAAACUGAAAAACAGAGGCGCACGGAAUCUUGUAUAUUUUAACGCAAGUGGACUAUCUGAAACCAUCCGUAAAAGCCAGUAUGGAGCCUAGUAGUGUUAUGGAUCCAUCAAUUACAUUAUGGCAGUUCCUGCUACAACUUCUUGAAGACAAGAAGAAUGAAAACCUCAUAUCCUGGACCUCAAAUGAUGGUGAAUUUAAACUGGUGGAUGCAGAAGAGGUGGCACGCCUGUGGGGAAUGCGCAAGAACAAGACCAAUAUGAACUAUGACAAACUUAGCCGAGCACUGCGAUACUACUACGAUAAGAACAUCAUUAAAAAGGUCAGUGGACAGAAGUUUGUGUACAAAUUUGUCUCAUUUCCUGAAACUGCUGCAGCAGAGACCCCAAAGGAUGAUUACAAAAAGCCAGACCAAGCCGCUGAUACUGUCAGUACCACAAAGACCCUUGAUGGUGUAUCUUGCUUACCAAAGACUCUACGUAACACUGCCAAGAGCAGCAGGAACGAGUACAUGCUUUCUGGACUGUAUUCCACAUUCACCAUCCAGUCACUGCAGAGUAAACCUAAAAGUGAGAAAGUUAAGAUGUUUCCACAGCAUAUGGAAGUGGUGUCACAUCCAGCCAGCGUCCAGAGUCCGGAGAGUUUGACCACUGAGGUGACUGUGCAGAGUGUAGACUUGGCCUCAGAUGACAGUAAAUCUAAUUUAGAAGAACCAGUUAGCUUUCAGGUGAUUGUUUCUUCUCCUGCUCAGCAUCCAGCCAGUGUGAUGGAAGUUAAAAGUGAGACCACUGAAGUGCGACCUCCUUCAUUCACAAUUACCACCUGUGAUGAGCUUCCUAGUCAGCCUGUCUUGCUUAAAAAUGUACCUGAGGUCAAAGUUGAAAGCCCAGAGGAGGAAGUAAUUGUGGUUAUUGAACCUUCUCCCAAAGAACUGCCCUCAGAUGAAGAAAUCAUGCAUAUGGUUUCCAUGGAAACAUGCACUGAGCCUGUCACUUCAGAAGUUGAGCUCAGAAUUCCAGAAGAAGAGUCACCACCUUCUACUUUGAGAGUCAAGGAUGAAAGAAAGGAAAAGGAGCCAGGGGCACCAAAUGAGAGUCAACCACAGAAGGGCAAGAAACCAAAGGACCUUGAACUUCCUUUUGCCCCAUGUCUUCUAUCUAACCCCAACUUUGAUAAAGUUAAUGCAGCUGUGAAUAACCUUCUUGCUCCUGGAAGCAGCACCAACACAUUGACUCCAACAGUUAUAACUUCCCAUUCUUUGACACCAGUGAUACUGACUCCAAGUGCUUUACCAUCAACGAUCCACUUUUGGAGUACGUUAAGUCCCAUUGCACCUGGAAGCCCUGCCAAACUCUCUUUUCAGUUCCCUUCUAAUGGAAACAACCAAAUCCAUAUUCCAUCACUUAGCGUAGAUGGGCUGUCAACUCCUGUGGUUUUGUCUCCUGGUCCGCAGAAGCCGUAGCAUUUACAAGUUGGGUCCUUGAAUGCCCUCUUCACCUAUCUCUGCCUCUUCCAAUUUGGAGUGGGAAGCACUGCUUCGCCCUGUACCAUGCUGGUGGAAAAGUGCUAGAGGAUGCCAGCAAACCCCCAAGGCUGCAGCAAAAUGGUAGUCGAGUGUUCAGAUUGUUGAAAUGGAAAUAUGAAGAGCUGCAUCCAUUAAAAUGGGUGAAAUCCUCUUUCUGCUCUUCCUGACUUUUGAGUGGAUGUCAUGGCCAUUCUCACUGAAGAGCUGUUGUCUCCUGGUACAUGGAAACAAAACCAGGACUUUGCACAGCACGUGAUGGAAAGUGAAGCUUCAAGAAGAAUAUAUUUAUAAAUUGGUGAAAUACAACUUGUUUUUGCCACAGGAUGCACCACAGAAUUGUUCAGUGUUUGAUAAUGCCAAUUUUAUGUCUUGUUUUUGUUUUUUUUUUCCCUUACUAAUCUUGGACUGUGAAGCUGUGUGUUCACAGGGUAUCCUGAUUUUGGUGCAUUUUGAAGUCCUGCACUGGUUGUCCGUAUUACAUGAAUGAGUGUAUACUUUAAGUGUAUACGAGAAUAGAGUUGAGGCAAGCUUCUUUGAUGCCUUUGUAAAUGUUUUUAUGGAGUAUAGAGUCUGCAUUUUUAGACCCUUGAAAAGACGGCGAUAUUUUCUGUGAUUUUAAGAAAAUCACUUCUUCAUAGUUAAGAUCAGUUAACAGUUCUUUCUCAUUUUUACACUUUAUCCACUUGAUGCUUUGGCCUUCUGGUAAUGUUGCAGGCUGGACCUUUUGUUCAGCAUCCUAAGCGGGGGUAAACUAGGGGAUUGUUAUUUUUGCCACUUUUUUGGUGAAUGCUCUUAAGACUCGUUUCGUUUUUUGCAGAAUUUGUAUGUAAUUCUGCAGUUUGACAGGUCAGCCUGUGCAAUAUGGUUAUUUUAAUUGCAAGAGGAUUGUCAUUUUUAACUGUUUAAUUGGAGAUGCUAUUUAAACAGCUGCUACUUAUUUUAUUACAAUUUUCUUUCUAGUCGGCACUAAUGGGUUGAUCUGGAGCAGCAGUUAAGAGGGUGAUCAUGCCGGAAGUGAAACAUGCACUGAAAUACAUUUGAAUGUAUCUAUUUUCUUCCUAUGGUAACCUGUAGCUAAAUCACAUGCACACAGCUUCCUGCUGUUUGAUAUGUAGUGAAAUCCACACAGCACAAACAAAAAUAUUCCAGCACACAAUACCAUGCUUGUUAAAAUUAAAAUCCUAGCUUUAUUCUUAUCAAAUACAAAAUAUGUGUCUGAAUAGUGAUUACUCUCUCAAAUACUGCUUUACUUAAGUCAGACAGUGGGAAUGUGUUUUUGUUUUGACUUAUUUUGAGGUAUGGCACAGUGUAUUUGGUUUUAGAGUAAAAUGGAUUUUGUUAAAAUAAGUGCAUGCGCUAGUGAUGCUGGGAUAGAUCUGUUUUGUCUGUAAACUGUAAACAGGAAGUAGGAAUCACAGACUUCACUUGUUUUAUUUCCACUUGACUCGGGUUGGAUUGAGAAAGAACAGCACGCAUUUAUAGGUUUCGUUUCUUUUCUUGAAUAUUGAGACAAUACUUAAUACUGGGGAUUAGAUAUUUUUUGUACCACUAGCACAAUGGUGACUGGGUUUCAUAUAAGACCUGCUGUUUGGGCGGUUUCUAUUUUUGAGAGAAAUUCAUGUUUUAUUAAAAGUAAUUUUACAGGUCUUGGGAUGUUGUCGAAAGGGAAUGCAGUGAGUUGGCCAUUUUAAUCCGCCUUUCUAGAGUGGAAAAAAAAAAGGUUAAACAUAUGUGCUAUUAUGUUGGUUAAAUCUCUGUAGUUUAGUAAAAACACUACAUGUAUCAAAGAAUAACGCUAACUAUUCUUAAUAGUUUUAGUGCUUAUUUGUAUAAUGUUUAGCAUAUAUGAACUCAAAAAAAAGUAGUUAAAGCAUUUUUAUGUUACGAAUCUUACUGUGUGCUUUGCAUUUCAAGACAGAUUAGUUUUCUGAUCAGUAUAAAUGUUAUCCACUCAUUUUAUUACCUUGAUAAACAUGUAAAGUUUGCAUUCAGUGUAGAUUUAUUGAUGUGAUCACAUUCCGUAGACAUUUACCGGUUUGUAGAUUUUGCAUGGACAGUACUGGUUACUGAGGCAGCAGGUUGGUUUGCAAGGGAUCAUGUAGUAUUAAUAACAGUUGUGGGGAAACUAUGUAUAUUUGAAAUUAAGUAGGUCACUGCCAGUAAUUUUCCUUGAACUUUGGGUCACGGUUCGUAAUUUUUAUUUGCUGCCCCUUUACUUCAUCGUUCUACAUCUUUCACAGAUUACCAGCUAAACUUUGCUUUGUGUUUUUUUAUGUAAUAAUGGGAGCCGUUUCAGAUCUCUCUGCUAAUCCCUUCCCUUUCUGUGUUUAUGUACAAUCCACUGCCGUAUUAUUUAUUUUUUUAACAGGAAUAGAUGAACUGUGGGUGAAUCAUAUUUGCUUAAAAAUCUUACUAAUUUGUUCCUUCUCCUAGAUGUGGAUAUCCACUGCUGUCCUCUUUUGUUGUUUAGGCUCAGAUCUUAUAGCACUUUAACACAUUAUUCCUUGUAAAAGAGAAGUCCUUUUUUGCAGUUUCUUGGUAUAAAUUAGAAUUCUGUACAGUGCUUCUAUUUUGUAUUAAUACGUGGAUGAUAAUAGUAAGUAAAUGCCCUUGACUUCACGGAGUCUUCCUACUUGUGCUUGUAAGUUCAAGUUUUCUGUUCACUUUUCUUUACAUCUUGUUCUCUAUUAGUUUAUAUAGCUUGUCCACUGUGUCUGUGAUUUCUGAGACGGUUUUUCAGUCUCUGCUGUAGUAUACUGCCUGUUUGCCACCUGUUUUGUGAAGAGGUGCGAUUCUUCACUACUUGGUUAAUGUGAAGCAUCUGCUUUCCUUCUGUGCAGGUGCUGCACUACUCUGGCUUACUAUUGUGUACUAAAUAUGACUGUGAGCACAAGUAUUGAUAGCUUGUGUGGCAUGUGUGCAUAGGUAUAACGUAUGCCAGGCAUGUGGUAUUUUUCUGCCUUUGGCCCUUUGUUUUAUCGCACGGAAUUCACCAUGACUUCGAAGCAUUUGUGAGAUGCAGCUUUACUUUCUGUCUGUGUGUACCGAGACUGGCAUAGUUUCAAGUGUUCCUUGAAACCUAAUGUUACAUUUUGAAGCUGCUUUUAAUCCUGUUACAGACCAGAUAACUGUCUCAGGUCCUUGUCCUCUUUUUCAGAUUCCUUUAUUAGGAAUGCUGCCUCCAAAUUAAGAAACUUUAUUCUGUGGGUCCUGGCAGGAUAUUUAGUGCCUCUUUACUAGAGGGUAAAGAGGUUCUUGUACAAAUUUUACAAUUUAUUUUUAAUAAAUUAAUGAAAAAUGACAUUGUACCUUGUAGUUGGAAGCUAUCUUGUGUUAUCCCUGUGCAUAAAAAGGACAGGAAAGAUGUAAGCAAUUAAUUAUAAUUAAUUAUAAGCCCAUAAAUUUGAUAUAUUUGCUUGGGAAGGGCUUUGAAAGAUGUGGAUUACAAUUAAGACACAACCCAGACUUCAGAUUAACAGUUAAGGAUAUUGACCAACAUGGUUUCAUAAAGCAAAUGUCUACUAUGGGUAACUUGGUGUGUAUGUAUGAUCAAAUGAUGACCUUAGAUAUGGAUUUGUCUCCAGGCGUGAUCUUUUUUGGACCUUGCCAAAGCCUUUGACUAUCUGCUAUUCUAUUCCAUUCACAAACACCUGAAUCUAAUAUUUGUUAUAUUGUUAGAUGGAUCAUGAAUUGGUUAACCUACAAGACAGCAUUGUGUUAAAAUAUAUAAAAUUAAUUCAUAUUUUCUGCCUGUAACAUCUUGUAUUCCCCAGGAAUUGGUUUUGGACCCAGUGCUGUUUAAUCUUUUUUUGGGUGCAGAAGCACACCGCUGACUAAAAUUGAAUUUAUAAUAUAAAAUAAAUCCAAUGCCAAUGAUCGUAA